GACGGCCCAUGAAAACGCAAUACGGAGUACUAAAGAAGACUGGCGCAUAGAUUUCUCCCACCGCUAGGGUUCUUUUUAAGAUCAGGUUCUACUUCACUCUUCCACUUCCGCCUUUGUUCCUCUCUCAAUUUCUUCUCGCUCCUCUCUGUAUGCUUCUUCCCUGUUCUGUUAUUAAUCUUUGAUCGUUUCCAUGGACUCCAAUAACUAGACUCUUUUCAUAUUUGUCUGUAAUCUCUGCUGAGGAUUCAAGGAUUUAGAUACAUCUCUGUAUCUAUCUCUACGCUCAAGUAAGAAAGAUGACGACCCUGAACCCGUUUGACCUUCUGGUUGACGAUGACACCGAUGACCUAUCUCAGCUCGUCGCCAAGCUUCCUCUUUCUGCUCCGGCUUCCAAAAAGGCUCCUGCUCAGGUCCAGCCUGCUAAGCCCGCCGCCAAGAUGCCCUCUAAGCCUCUACCCCCGUCUGAGGCUGUUAGGGAAGUAAGAAAUGAUUAUCAGAGGGGAGGAGCACGCAGUGGCUCUCGUGGCGGAAGCCGUGGCCGUGGUGGCGGUGGCCGUGGGCGAGGGUUCAAUAACGAAUCAGACAAUGAAAAUUCUUUUGGUGGAAACAAUGGCUUUUCAGGAGGAUAUAGACCUCCUGAAGAGGGAGAAGGUGGGAAAACAUAUGAAAAGAGGGGAGACUAUGCUGGUGGACCUCGUGGAGGUUUUCGUGGAGGAAGACGUGGCGGGUUCGGAGCUGGCUUUGAAGAUGUUGAUGGAGAACGCCCUCGUAGGGUAUACGAACGACGAAGCGGUACUGGACGUGGGAAUGAAUUUAAACGUGAGGGUGCUGGCCGUGCAAACUGGGGAACUCCAGCUGAUGAGAUAGCCCAAGAAACUGAAGAGCCUGUUAAUGAGGUUGAGAAGUCUGUUGAAGCUGAGAAACAACAUAAUCAGGAAGAUGCUGGGGAAGCCAAUAAGGAUGUUGCACCAAAUGAGGCAGAGGAAAAAGAGCCUGAGGAAAAGGGAUGACACUUGAUGAAUACGAAAAGCUGCUGGAGGAGAAACGUAAAGCCUUGCUUGCAUUGAAACCUGAGGAGAGAAAAGUAGACUUCGACAAGGAAUUUGAAUCAAUGCAGCUUCUUUCAAACAAGAAGAAUGAUGAUGAUGUCAUGUUUGUCAAACUGGGAUCUGACAAGGAAAAAAAGAAAGAAGCUGUGGAGAAGGCCAAAAAGACUAAAAAUAUUACCGAGUUUCUGAAACCUGCGGAAGGAGAAAACUAUUAUCGGUCCAGUGGUCGUGGAAGGGGGGGCCGUGGUGGUCGUGGCCGAUAUGGUGCAAACCAGCCCAAUGCUGAUUCUGGGCGAGGUGGAUACUUUGGAAACCGGUCGAGUGUUGAUGCCCCAUCUAUUGAAGAUGUGGGGCAGUUCCCAACCUUGGGUUCAAAGUGAGCUAAAAAAAGAAUGUCCUUCCCUCCUACCUUAUGAUUGUGUUAUUGCUUCAGCUGAGAUAUGGAAGAACCUCAUAUGGAACUGCUGGUUGUUUUUAUAACUACCGAGUUUUAAACUUUCUCUUUUUAAUAGUGUACACAUCUAGAUACCACCUCAGGUCUUUUCUCAGCUUUCUUCGACUUUCUUGCUCGUUCUACUUAUAGAAUUUAGGCACUGUCUUUUACAACUUUUAUUUAUUUCUUGGAUCUUUUUUUGCCGUGUUGGGAACAGUUUUGUUGUGUUCAAAUUUGCUUUUUUUUAUAUUGGCUUCACUUUGUCCUACCCUCUACUUUUUCUCAUCAAAUCAUAAAUGUGCUCUGUUGGAAUGUGGACAUUUCAGUGAAACUUUGAGCGGCAUGGCCAUGCAAGGUCAUAUGCACUUUCAUAUUUGUGUAAGAAGGGUGUUGGCUUUUAACAAAUAUUUGUGCGGUUUUUCACUUCUUGAUUAGUAUAUGGUCUGGGUCCGACUCUAGCAAUAUAAUAUAAAAGAAAAAAUUAUUCAGGCACCUGAAUUGGCCUAGUUUGGCGAAUUGGGAGCCUGUCUUUCUUUUGAGCAAGGUGGAGUGCCAUGCUUCCGGACACCUGUCCGGUUGUAAAUUCAAAGGCCGUAGAACUUGGGGUCCACACUUUUGCUUAGGCUUGGAUUCGGUUUGGGCCACCCGGCCUGGCCCGCUACUGUGCGGGCCCGGGAUUGUCCUGGUCUGGUGGUCCUGGACCGGGUGUAGACCUGAACCGGUAGGAAUGGGCGGUGUGGGCACUGUUCCGGAAUAAUGUGACCCGGCCUGGCUGGGUCGGGCCUGGGUCUGGGUCCAAUGGUCCUAUCUUUAAUUUUUUUUUGUUAAAUAGUUACUAGUC